AUGACUACUAGUCCACCUAUUCAAGAUGAUGAACAAGAUGAAGAAUUCAAAUUAAAACAAAUUAUCAAAGAACAAAAUUUGAUUCCUCAAAUUAACAGCCACAAUCAUGAUGAUGUUGCUUCUGAACAACAGCAACAACAAUUUAAUCAAUUAUCCAAAGAUAAAAAGAUGAAUCGAUUAAAUAAGUUGAUUGAAAAAAGUCAAAUAUAUUCUCAAAUUAUUGCUGAUAAUAUUUUACAAACUUCAUUAGAACGGAAAGAAGAACAGAAUAAUGUAGCACCACCAGCACCAGUGCCAGCAAAAUCAGAUUCAAAGAACGAACUGGAUACACAACCAAUAAAAAAAAGAAGGAAAACUAAACCCAAAUCUAAAUCCACUGCUAACGGUAAACAAGACAUUGUGUCAAUGUUAAGUACAAAUAUAUCUGAUUCAACUAAAUCUACUCGUGAAGCAAUCGAGAAAUCCCAAAAUUCUAGUAAAAUCACCAAUAACAAACAACCAAAGUUAAUCACUGGUGGUCAACUAAAAGAUUAUCAAAUGGAUGGAUUAGAAUGGUUGAUAACAUUGUUUCAAAAUGGGCUUAAUGGAAUAUUGGCCGAUGAGAUGGGUUUAGGGAAAACUUUACAAUGUAUUUCAUUUUUAAGUCAUCUAAUAGAAAAUGGAAUUAAUGGACCAUUUUUAGUGGUUGUCCCCGUUUCCACAUUAUCAAAUUGGUAUAAUGAGAUUAGAAAAUUUGCACCUAAAAUCAAAGUCACAAAAUAUAUUGGUACCAAGCAAGAAAGAAAUGAUAUUGAUUUAUUACAACAACAAGAAACUACUAAUAUUAUUUUAACUUCUUAUGAAAUCUCAAUUCGUGAUUUUAAUAAACUUGUGAAAAUUAAUUGGAAAUAUUUAAUUGUUGAUGAAGGUCAUCGUUUAAAAAACAGUCAAUGCUUAUUAAUUAAAAUAUUGAAAAAAUUAAAUGUUUCUAAUCGAUUGUUAUUAACUGGGACACCUUUACAAAAUAACUUAAAUGAAUUAUGGUCAUUAUUGAAUUUCAUAUUGCCUGAUAUUUUCCAUGAUUUAGAAUUAUUUCAACAAUGGUUUAAUUUUGAUGAAUUGACUGAAUUAGCAGGAGAAUUAGAAGGUACAAAUAAUGAGGAAGAUGAAGAAACUAAAAAUUUGAUUAAAUUAAAUAUUCAAGAAACUUUAAUUAAAAAUUUACAUACAAUUUUAAAACCAUUUAUGUUAAGACGAUUAAAACGUGAUGUCAUAAAAAACUUACCACCCAAAAAAGAAUAUUUACUUCAUAUCCCAAUGACUAAAUUACAGAAAAAAAUCUAUUAUGACGCUGUAAAUGAUAAGUUAUUUGAUAGUUUGGUUGAAACAAAUUUAAAAGCAUUUAUUAAAUUCAAUCAUGAAGAAUUGUUCAAUGGAUUUGAUGUUGAUGAAUAUUUAAAGACUCGUAGACAAAGGGAUUCAUUUAUGGAAACAGGAGGUUUAUCGAAAUUAAGAGGAUCUCGGUCUGAUAGAAAUUCAUUGAAAAGAUCAUACAAGGAAGCUGAUAGUGAUGAAGAAUUUGAAAUUAUGGACGCCGAAGAUGAUUCUUUGACUGGUAGGGGCAAUACCACACCAAGUUAUGAUGAAGCUCUUGUUAAAAUACGUCAUAUUAAAUCAAAAACCAAAAUACAAUCAAUACUCAUUGAUGCCAUAUAUCAAGACAUUUUGAAAGAAGCUAAACAUUUGAAAUUACAAAAUUUGAAAAUGAUUCAACUUCGAAAUAUUUGUAAUUCUCCCUUUAUUUAUUAUAAUUAUCCUAUAUUGGAUCAAGCUGAAGUUAUUCGAAAUUCAGCUAAGUUUCAAGUACUUAAUCAAUUAUUACCACCACUUUUAUCUAGUGGCCAUAAAGUAUUGAUUUUUGCACAAUUUACUAAAGUUUUAGAUUUAUUAGAAGAUUGGUUAGAAGAAUCACCAUUACUGCAUGGUAAAAUAUGUCGAUUAGAUGGAUCGACUAAUCAUCAAAUUAGAGAUGAACAAAUCUCUCAAUUUAAUAAUAAUCCUAAAUUUAAAGUAUUUUUAUCAUCUACACGAGCUGGUGGAUUAGGAAUUAAUUUAGUUGCUGCUGAUACAGUAAUUUUAAUGGAUAAUGAUUGGAAUCCACAAAUGGAUUUACAAGCAAUUGAUCGAGUUCAUAGAAUUGGUCAAAUUAAUCCUGUGAAAAUAUUUCGAUUCGUUAUUAAAGAUUCAAUUGAAGAAGUAUUGAUUUCUCGAUCAGGAUCAAAAAGAUUUCUUGAAAGAUUAGUUAUUCAAAUGGGUCAAUUUAAGUUUAGUAAUUUUAAUAAGAAAUUAACGGCAGCAACAACAUCUAAUGAGCAAGGUGCAAUUAAAAAUGAUUGGAGUAUUAAUGACAUGAUGGAAUUGAGUAAAAUACAUUUUAAAUCAACACAAAAUGGACAAACCAGUCAAGAUUCAGCAGAAGAAGACGAGAAAAUAUUGUUAUCUGAUCAAGAAAUUGAUGAGUUAUUAGAUCGCUCAGUGGAAUGUUAUAAUUCAAUUGACGAUUCUAAAUUUGACAAAGUUAAAAUAUUUGAAACGGUCAAUAACAUGGAUAAAUAG